AUUUUCCAUAUGCCUGAGAUUGUUUCCAAAAUCAUUUCAUAUGUUGACUGUUCAUCAUCAGUACCUCAUGAAGCCUCCCCAAUCAGAAGAAGACCAUUAUCUUACCAACAUGCAUUACUGAUUUAUAAAGAUGAACGUAAAGCGCUGAAAGUUUGGAGAGAUGCUUGUGAAUCAAGUUUACAAAAUGAUGGGAACCCACAGACUAAUAACUUAUCAAAAACUUCAAAUAGUUUAUACAAUUGUCUUUUGGUUAAUAAACUUUGGUAUAGAGUAACUCUGGAAGUUGCUUCUAUCAAAUUAUUCUUUUCAGAUGAAAGAAAAUGGUCAAGCUUUGUUGAAAAAACCAAAAGAACUAAACCACAAAGAACAGUUUCAAAUACUUCAUUAUUCAUCAUGCAUAAGCUAACUAAGGCAAAGCAACAAGAUUUGGAAAUAGUGGCUCCUUCAAUUAGUGGUGGUUUAGAAUGGGUUGAAAUGUAUAUAUGUCCUAAAGUUUUACCACCUCCAAUAAUGUUGACAGGCUCAUUGUUGAAAAAAUUAGUUUUACCAGGCUCAAGAAUGGUCAAUGAUGAUUUCCUUAAGUUAGUUGCCAAAAAUUGUCCAAAGCUAGAAAUUUUAGACCUAAGAGCUUGUGAGUUGGUUUCUGAUCAAGGUAUUUGUUUGAUUGCACAAUAUUGUCCAAAAUUGAUUAAUUUGAAUUUAGGUCGUCAUUCAAAUGGUGACUUGAUAACAGAUGAUUCAUUAGCUGUUUUGUCAAGAAAUACCAAAAUUGAAACCUUAGGUCUUGCUGGUUGUUCAAUUACUGAUCGUGGUGUUUGGGAUUUAGCUUAUUAUUGCAGUGAUUCCAUAUCAAGACUCUCUUUGAAUAAUUGUGUCCAGUUAACAAAUAAUUCGUUACCAAGAAUCAUUAGAGAUGGUUAUCUUUCUAAAUUAGCUGUCUUAGAAAUUAGAAACAUUUUAAAUUUUACAGAUUUUAAACCAUUGAUUAAUUUUAAAAAAAUAAAAGAGGUGAAUGGUCACAAUAUCUUGAUUGAAGGUUGUGAAAUUUUGGAAUAUAGAAUGAGAGAAGAAGAAUGGAGAUUUGAAAUGAAGAAAUCUGCAAAAAUUUUGAACGAUAUUUUAAUUUGGGCUAACGAUUCUAAUGAUGGUGAUGUACCAUAUUCUCAAAUUAUGACAUCUUAUAGA